AUGCGCAUGAGUCGUUGAUUGUGGUCAUUCAGCAUUCUGCGCCCGCGCUAGCCGCUCGCGUGCUAAACCACUCGAUUUUAGAACAAUCGAUCGUGAUUAAUAUCGAUAAGUUUGAAAUGUGGAAUAACUUAUUAUACUUAACUUUUAAGUGAUUGUGGUUUGUGUUUCUAAUUUAGGUAGUCUUAUUGGAGUUAAUAUGUUGCGAUACUUGGUACCCCUCCUAUUCGUCUUGUCAUCAGUAACAUCCCGGAGAGAAUGGAUGUCACAAUAUCGACCGAAAUACACAAAAGGGCAAAUAGCAUCCGAGUCGCAAUUGAAAUUCGCACUCGAGAACAAGUAUGACGAUACAGGACCGGGAGCUAAGCAGCCUGAAUACGCCUACCAUACAUACAAAACCUUAGAAGACGCACUAAUUGCAUACUUAGAUGACCCAGACACUAAGCUCCCAGAACAUGAAAGAAUGAAAGCUAUCAAUAAACUAACCAAAGCCCAGAACUACGCCACUCCAGCAUCAGUAGGCAAGCUAUUCCACAAGAACAGCCACUUCAAUGACUUCACGAAACCACAGUUCCGACCUGUGAGUCAUGAAACAGAUCCAUAUAACUUACAUGCGAACAAAAUUUAUUUUCCUGAAGAAAGUAUACUUAAUACGAAAUUACCCAAAGGGGCAGCUGAUGGCAAUAUUUUGAAUUAUCAAGCUGAGAAGGUGGAGCCGUUCGGGUUCCAUAAGCUACACACGGUGAAAGGCAGUCCUUUGAGCUUGGCACAUUACACCAGGGACAAUAAUAAACCUGAGAAGAAGCAAGAAAUAUUUGAUGCUCAUCCUAAGUACACAUUUUCGUAUGGAGUACAUGACAAGACCACAGGCGACUCGAAGACUGUUCAGGAGAGCCGCGACGGUGGCAGCGUGCGAGGGUACUACAGCUUCCUAGACUCUGACGGCAAGACACGCUCCGUCUACUACACGGCCGAUGACCGGCUAGGGUUCCGCGCCAAUGUGCAGAAGACCGAUUAGAAUAGUUUAAUUAGCUAGCUUUAAUUGUAUGAUGGUAAGAGAGGAUUUGCCAGUCUAAGGCCCGAGGUUACUGUAAACGCCAGUUUUCUUAAAACAUCAGUUAACUCAAAGUUAAGCUUAAAAAUGCGUAGUAGUUUCAAGAAAACUGACGUUUAUUUUAUUCUAGAACUUGGGUUUUGGAGUUGUAGAAAUUUUUCAGUAGUCAUACAGACUCCAAAGUUGCCUUAAACCUCGUAAAAAUGGUAAACUUUUGUUUUUAAAAAACAGUUCCACCAAUAUGUUGCAGAGUUGCUCGCAAAUUGUCGGCCGAUGCAACAUUCUCGUUGCUCAUCAACAAUGUUGAUCAACUGUUGCUAUACAAUUGUUUACCAUUAAUACCUGGCGUAUAUUGAUGUAGUCACCACAUUUGUUCAGUUUUCUCUUGUAUCCUGCUCCUUUGUUAUGAAAUAUUAAAAUUAGUGAUACUGACGUUUUCCUCAUAGUUACCACUGUUGAUUUUAGUUUUUAGGUUUUUAAUGAGUGUCAGAGUCAAAAGAUUUAUAUUAAAAUGUUUCCUUGCCCUGUACCCUAUAUGCCUGAGGGUCAGUCUCACAAAUUUUUGACCCUUGUUUAGUGAUCCAGGAUUUACUCUAAUUGAAAAUAAGACAUAGCUAAGAGCUUGCCAGUGAAUAUAAGUGCAUGUAUGGGUAGUCAAAGCAAUCUAAUUCGUUUAAGAUCCCAUCGCUAAUUUAGUACGAAGGAUAGACUGCGAAGCUUAAGCAGAUACGACUAGACAGUUUUUUGAGUUUUUAGUGUAUAUUGUAAAUCAGUCAGUCUGACUGUCCGUUCUAACUACCACAUACCUACCCAGGACUUGAAAACUAUCCCUACUAAUAUAAAAAAGCUAAAGAGUUUAUUUGAAGGCACUAAUAUCAACAACUACGGGUGCGAUUUGAGUAACUCCCGCAGUAGUUGAUAGAUGGCCCACGUAUCUAGGUAGGCUAGUUUUUAUCCUAGUGAGCGAAGUAGUGUGUCCUUUUUCACAAAGUGGAUAAAACAGCUGGCGGAAGCUGGUCAUUAAAUAUUUUCUUAAGCACCGGAUGAGACCACAUUAUCUUAAGUAUGUUUUUAUACCUUUUCCAUUCAUCUGUAGCGAGUUUCUUGAACAUUUAUAAAUUAAAUAAAAUUGUACUUUUCUUAUAUUAUUUAUCAUUAUAACAAGAUUAUGUGUUGCUAUCAUAAUAUCUGAAUGGUGUAUCAUUACUUGAAGAAUUCGAUGUCGAUUGUAUAAACUUCACGUAGGUAUAAUGUUUUCAUAAUAAUUGUAAACCGCGUCAGAUUGCAAUGUUUUUAGUUUUAUUCAGGCGCUUAAUGGACUAGUCAAAGCAAGAUUCCGCCAACUGAACUAGACAUAAUCUAUGGUACUACAAUUACAAAGAGUUUGUUUGUUUUUUAUUCAAUUGUCCCGGCUGUCAUUGAACAUCCUUGGCAGUCGUUACUGGUAGUCUGACACCAGUCUAACCAAAGGGUACUGGGUUGCCCGGGUAACUGGGUUGAGGGGGUC